UAAACAAAAUGGCGACUACGAAGGGAAGAAAACAGGGAAAGGCCAAGGAUUCCUCGUCCAAAGUGCUUUUACAGGUCAUAAACACGUUGUUAAGCAGUGAUAAUGCAGAAAGAAGAGUUAUUGAAAGAGAAAGAUUGCAACAUGAACUGAAUGAAUAUGACGACAAGCUUAACAGACAGGUGGAGGCACACCAGGAUCACUUGAAAUCAAGCAUUCAAACAUUUACUGGAAUCUCAACAAGAAUUGAAGCAUCUCUUCAGAAAGUGAAAGUUCUUAGAGAGAAUUUGUUAGCAUGCAAGUCAUUACUGCACUGCAAGAGGGAAGAGUUGAAAAAGUAUUGGAUGGAUGGCUUGGAGUACAAUGAAGUUUUAAAUCUUUUAGACAGAAUAGAUCAAGUGAAGAAUGUCCCUGAACAGAUUGAGAAAUAUAAGAAAAAGAAAUAUUACCUGCAUGCAACAGAGCUUCUUGUGUCUACAGUUUCUCUACUAGAAGGAAGUUUGUCUGGAGUGGAAGCAUUGAGACAUCUUCGUCUUGAUUUACAGUCACGCAAAAAGGUGGAGCAUGAGUUGCUGAUUAAAGAAUUGACCACUCAUCUGUAUUUGAAGUCAGAGAAAAGCAGAGAAAAGAGAGCAAAACUGGUGGCGUACAUGACAGACAGUGCUGCUUUGGCUGUAAAAGAAUCAUCGUCCAGUAUUGGGUCAUCUGGAGGACUCUUUAAAAAAUCCCAUUCCCGCACUGCUUCAAGAUCAUUUAUUCUUUCUGAAACAAUAUCUUCAGAUGAUUCUCUUUCUUCAACUGAGGUCACUGAAGAUCUCAAUACCGACCCUGAGGCUGACAGUAAUCACUUCAUGAUCGUGAUCAUAGAGUCCCUAUCUCUUCUUGGGAAGAUCCCUGAAGCACUAGAGGCAAUCAAAAAGCGAAUGAAGAUAGAGAUGUCAUUAAUUAUCCAUAGGGCUACAACUCUUGUUACUAAGAGGAUUGGACAACCUGGAGAGAUCAUACUUCAACAGAAUCAGCCUCAUUACCUUUUGGAACUCUUAGAAGUGGUGUUCGACUUGUUCAGAGCCGUGGCACAUGCGCAUGACACAAUUCUUUCUGCAAUCCACCGAAUCAUUAAGACGUCAGAUACGCCGAUUGAUUUAGGAGAUACAGACAUUUACACCAUUGACGAUGUUUGGUCUGAGAUUCAAUUUGCUAUCCAAGUAUUGCUGGGGGACUACUUAGAUGUUCAAAACACUGCAACACAACAAACUUCAGUGAGCUUUACUGAGUCAUCAAGUGAUGUGGCAGCAUUCUUUUCUCUUAGAAGAAGAGGACCUCUGAAGUCUGAUGAACGGACCCCACUGUAUCGUUUUGAAGGUUCCUCGUCAGCUAUCAGUAUGAAUACGUACAUCCGGGAGAGGCGCCAAGAAUGCAUGGCUGGUACUGCGAAUGAAGAUGACGAUGACACUUAUGGAGUGCCGCUACACAACACCAAGCCACAGCUGUUAUGUAAACCAAACCCAAGGAACAUUACAGUUGUCUUCUGCCCUCUGAUGUCCUUUGUCGGUGAAAUAGAAUCAGCCAUUAAUAUACACGGAGAGAUGAGAUGCACUCUAUAUGGUUUUAUCACUGACUACGUGAAGGACAUUUUUAUUGAGGACAUCCUCUUUCAUAUUCUUGAGAAGUUGAAAGAGGUAACCGAAGACACGGACACAUUUCGAAGGACCACUGAUGCAAACAUUUUGAAGCUCUUGGGAGCAAACAGACCCCUUCUACAGAGCACUGCGACUGUAGAACAACUGAUACAGGAUCUUAAGAAUCUUAUGCAUAGCUUACCAAACUACUCGCCUCAGUUUGUUGAAAUGGUUUGCAAAAUGCUGACGAUUUUCAAGAAUCGGUGUGAUGAGACAUACAAAGAUCUGCUGAAAUACAGCAUGGAUGGUGACAGACACACUCGUGUUUUCAGCGCCAACUGGACCAAAGACGAAGACAUCAGUCGCUGCUUGAGGUCCUUACCAAACUGGCCUGGCCUUCAACAACAUCACUCGCAUCGACAAAGACAGGAAGAUGGAGAACAAGAUAUUGAAGCUGCAAGGAAACGAAAUCAAAAGGAGACGGACAUACUGACUGACAAUCUGGCCAAGCAUCUUCUGAAUGAUUCUGAAGUGUUGUUUGAAACACGUGAUCACAGAACACUGGCAAACCUUCAGGAGAGCAUGGAGUGGCUGGCAGGUCACAUACGGGGUUUUACCACAAGCUUAACAGCGCAGUCCACAGGUAUAAGUCUUGUCACAACCGAGUCACAGGAGAGAAUUAAACCACGAGAAGUGCACGACGGCUAUGGAUUUGCUUACGUUUAUGGUAGAAAUUGGCAAGAAAUCCCCCCAGUCUCCCAGGAAAUCCUACAAUCACUUACAACGCUAGCAGAAGAUUUUCAGAAAAUCUCGGACUCUUGCUUGCUAGUGCUUCAUCUGGAGAUUAGAUGCCAUUGCUUUUAUUUCUUGAUGCGGACUGUACAAGAGUCUUACAUGUGCAAUUCAAACGCUAUGGACCCUGAUAAGAACGUGAAUGACUUGAACAAGAGUUUGUCAUCGUUUGAGGAAAUUGCAACUGCUUGCAUGGGAAACUACAAGUUUAGAUACCUGUUUGAGGGAGUGGGAUUCCUCGUCUCUUCUAUUCUCAUCUCAAACGUUUCGGAGAUUAAGAGGAUUAACCAAAACGGAAUUAAGAAGAUGUGCCGUAACAUCUUCGCUAUUCAACAGAACUUGACAAACAUUACCAUGUCUCGGGAGGGGGACCUGGAUCGAGCCAGACAGUAUUAUGAACUGUUAUACUCUAACCCAGAUGAAAUCUUAACGUCUAUUGAGGAGCAAGACGCCAAGUUUUCCAAAAGGGAGUACACUGACCUUUUGUCACUGCACGCUCGUAGUCAGGCGGUCCGAGAUAACAGUGCGCAUGAACAGCGAAUGGAAAGACUUAAAAAAAUCUUCGACAACAAGCUCAAAAUGGAAGAAUAAUCGCUAAAUCCACUUUCAAAUCUGCAACAAAAUAAAAAAAAACUGUAGUGGAAGUGUUAAAUCAUUGAAAUGUAACUUUCUUAGCCAAGUUUUGAAAAUUGAAAAUUUUUUUUCCUGUGUAUUUUGUUUUGUUUUGUUCUUCUCCGUGAGGCAAAGCCAACUAUAUGACGAGUUUCAUUUGAUAAACUCCUCAUUAAGAUUUUUUAGACGGUGGAAUGUGCAGAUUUCAAUCUAAUCUCCAAAAUUCAAUGAAAAUCAGUUAGGUUUGUUCGUUGGCACAAUUGCUAUAUAGUAUAAUUAAUUCAAAGCAAAUACACGCUCAUUUUGAAACGUUGAAACGUUUCUACGUGUAAUGUGCAUCUAGGUGUCGUAAAGGAUUAAAUUUGUUGAGAACUUUAGCAAAAAAUGGCAAUAACUGCCCGUGUAUUUCGUUUGAUGGUUGACGGUGAUUUGCGAAAUAUUUUCAAACUCCACCAACGGCUCGUGCUACAAGAACGGAAACUUUUAAAAAGUCACUCGUGCUUAGAAGUCACGAACUGAACUAGCGAUUGUGCAAUUUUCUUUUUUUCUUAUUCAAACGGUCCUCUGACUCAACCAUUUUGCGAGAACACAAAUGCAGUUUUAUUGCGUCAGCGGAACUCAAAUUGAUUGCUCGACGAACAGUUUAUUGUGUUGGUUCAUUUUAUUGUUUUGCUGUCAUGACAUUAAUGUUAGUCGAAAUCUAAGCAUAAAAACCUCGACCAAACUCUUCCUUUAAGGAUGAAGAUUUACAAUGAAAAAGAUCAUUUGAUAUCAGUUUGACAUCGUCGUUAAAUAAUAAAGUGAAAUAACGAUAUAAAACAAGUUUUGAACAGCUCUAUUUAUAAGUGCUAAUGAUUAAAGCAGUUGACAUGGAAUACAUUGCAGAUAGAAUUACAAUUUUUCUCAUCAGGAUAUACAAACUAAAAUUCCUUGGCUGUAAGUAUUUCGCCAACAAAACAAAUAAUGUUAUAAAUCUCCUUCAUCUGAUGUGGUUAAUGAACAUCAGAAAAUA